UCCUCCUUCAAAUCUGACAAAGACGUCAUCAUCCGAAACGUACUGCGCAUGUCAGGUUGGUUGACAACAAGAACUGCAUGACCUGAAACAAUAGCUAGGAAAAACACUCGUUUUCUGGCAUCACCAUGGGGAAAGCCCUUUCCCUCCUGCCCAAGCAGGCAUGCCACGAAGACUCCCAGGACAGCCUGACCACCACCCAGGAGGAUGAUGGGAAGAGAGAGGAUGUGUCCCAGUUCCCCUACGUAGAGUUCACUGGCAGGGACAGCGUCACAUGUCCCAGCUGCCAGGGCACUGGGAGGAUACCUAGAGGCCAAGAGAACCAGCUUGUAGCAUUGAUCCCAUACAGUGACCAGAGACUCAGGCCCAGGAGAACAAAGCUGUAUGUGAUGUCCUCGGUGUUUGUGUGUCUGCUGCUGUCCAGCCUGGCUGUCUUCUUCCUGUUCCCUCGUACCAUAGACGUCUCCUACGUGGGCGUCAAGUCGAUCUUCGUCACCUAUGACGAGGACAAGAGGAUUGUCUAUCUCAACGUGACGAACACUCUGAACAUCACCAAUAACAACUACUACAGUGUAGAGGUGUCCAACGUCACAGCCCAGGUCCAGUUCUCCAAGACAGUGAUCGGGAAGUCCCGCAUCAAUAACAUCACUGCUAUCAGUCCUCUGGGCAUGGAGCAGGUUGACUACAUGGUUCCCACCAUUCUAGCAGAUGAGAUGAGCUACAUGUAUGAUUACUGCAGCCUGCAGACCAUAAAGGUGCACAACAUCGUUGUCAUGAUGCAGGUGACGGUGACGACGAUGUACUUUGGCCACAUGGAGCAGGUCACUCAGGAGAUGUACCAGUAUGUAGACUGUGGAGGUAACACCACCACUCUGAGGGGGGCGCAGCCCAAGGUGUCUAAUGCCCCAAUACCCCCAGAGUAACCCCCCUUGCUCUACCUCACCUGAGCCGGCCCUGGAGAAGGUCCUUGGAAGCUAGUCUUACAUCAGAAAUCUGGCAGAACUACUGGUUGUUUAGGCUUGUGCUCCAGCCCUUCUCUAACACGGCUGGUCAGUUGAAGAAGGUAUGUUCGAGCAGGGAUACGCGUUUGCACCCAGUAGCUCUCCGGGAGGAGAGUUGGCCACCCCAGCCGUAGAUGGAUCACUGUUUUUCUCUCCACCACCCGUCUACCGAUGAAGACCCCACUGUAGAUGUCAUGUAUUUCUGUGUUCGCUCACCAUUGUGUUGGGAGUAUAUGCCAGAUGGGCAAUGGAGGGGGAAAAUGUGUCUACUGACAAAAAUAGUGUUUUUUUAGACAUUAAAAACAAUUAAGUACCAUAAUGUUUCAGUACCAAACCAUUAUGCACUUUAUUAAUGCAUUUAACAUUCAACUUCUCAUUGUGUUAAUGUAAAAUGUUACGAAGCCACUCCACACUCCUCCAAACCACUUGAACAGUAGAUGUCUGAACUAAUAAUCCUCAGUCUAUGGAAGAGGAUAACCUCAGUUCUCUCAGUAAUCUGGGCUCAAAUCUGUAUCUCUAUGAUAGUCAAAGGAGUUGAACCAACAGAUCUGGGACCAGUCAACUAUUCUCAGUCAGACCUCACGUAACACAUUAAUAAUGUGUAUUAUUUAAUUCUGCUGAUAAGUCAGAGGCACAGUGAGCCAAGUCUGAAAUGACACCUAUGACUAUAGAACACACUACUAGGUCUCUAGCCAAAGGUAGUGCGCUAUAUAGGUUUCUCAAACUAAACUCUGGACCUCAAAGCCAGUUCCACUGCGUUUUGUUCAUGGUCCCUUCUAAUCUGGGACUGAUUUUAGACCUGGAACAACAGGUGUGUGCAAUUUAAUUGUCAGGUAGAACAGAAAACUAGCAGGCUCUGGACCUCGUAGGGAGAGUUGAAUAGCCCUGGUAUAGGGGAUAGGGUGGUGUUUGGGGUGAAGCCAGAAUGUGGCAUUUCUCAUAUGUAUAAGCUUGUAAUGACCAGGCUCUCCUCUAGAGGCCUCUCUGUACAAUCUGGAUUUGGACCAGUUGUUUACUAAUAUUAGCCUCUGUUGGGUGAUCAAACUGUGUUAAUGUGUGAUCUAUUGAUUGAAUUGAAAGGCUUAUGUCCAUAAAAUGGAGUCAUUUUAAAGAAAUUAAGUUAUUAAAAGUCCCUUCCACCACUCUGUUCCCAAUUGGUACAAUAACAAGAUUGAUUGAUAGUCAUUCAUUAUCAGUAAUUUACCUCUUCCUUCUGAGUUCGUGCCUACGAGGGACUCGCAUAAUGUUUUGUGAUACCAACCUACUGCUGACUUGAAUUCGACCAACUUAGUUUUUACAUGCAUAAAGAGGAUCACCGGCAAGGGACUUUGUACGUUUUUGAUAAAUGACUUCCCUGCAUAUCAAACUCAGUUGAAGAGUUUAGAACUACCUAGAUUUAAUACCACGUUUGUAAUAUGAUUCCUACCUACAUUGCGGAAAACCUUUUUGAAAUGUACAACUCAAAUAGAAACUACCCUCUGUCAUAGAAAUAUACCUUGAAUUUCUUUAUGAAUUCUCAUACCUAGUAGUUUGCCGUUAUCUAAUUUGCAAUUUCCUAGGUUAUCGUAGAGCACAACAUUUAACAUGUGUACAGUCAUUUGUUCCUAAUCAAUUAAUCUUGUAUGGAAGAGUGGAUCAGCUUUUGAAUGACUGUUAGGAUUGAGUGAAGACUUGCAGUACUACUGACAUCAACUAGAAGAGUGGUUUGAGCUGAUGAGGCUGUUCUUCCUAAUGUCUACUACUGCUGUGGGGUACUGACAUUUAUUUUGAUUAACGGUAUUUGACUAAAUGUAAAUACAAGAAAUUUUUUUAAAUGUACAUGUAGUUGUGUUUUUAUUUGCUUUUCAUCAUGAUACAUUCAAAAUGGUUGAUCACGAUUUGUCCUACCUAGUUUUAUUGCGUGGUUACCCUUUCUGAAAGCGUGAAUAAAGUUUUCGACAUCUCA